GUCACAUGUUGGCCUUCGAGCGCUAGUUCAUCCUCUCCAAGGCAGCAGCGGUACUUCAUGACCCAGCGAAACAGAAACGGCCGACGAAAAAGCGAUCCUGCACUUCCAUUCCGUCCUGCUCAGGAGAAAUUAACAGUGGCGGCGGAACUACCAUGGGGUCUUCAAAAAGUGGUACCAGUGGUGGUAUUGGACUACAACCUUCCUACUGGUUCAUUCGCAGGACAAUCGGUUCUCCUGGAUUUAUUCAGUCUAUUCGAAAGAAAAUUGCAAUCUGUCAUUGAAGAAGAGCCGAUUACGAAUCAAGUCGAUGACUUUGAAAUGGGAAUAAAAUUUCUGGAUGACCUCGGAUCCUUCCUGUUAGAAGUGAAAGAUAAGGAUGUUAAACACGCUGUAGCAGGCCUUCUUGUGGAGAUUCUUCUGCCUGUUGCUGCGCAAAUCAAGCGUGAAGCUAAUAUACCUGCCCUGAUUGCCUUUGUUGGCAAAUUAUAUGGACCAACAAGUGAAUUGGCUUCAAAAAAGCAGCACAAGCUGGUUGGUCGCCCUCUCAUGAUGACUGCUAUCCAACGAGGGAAAGAACCGGAGGAACUGUUAGGAGGAGAUGUGAAGCCAAAGUUGGACCUGUUCCGCACUUGUGUUGCUGCCAUUCCACGGCUCUUACCGGAACCGAUGACAUAUUCUGAGCUCAUAGAUAUCCUAACAAGAACAACAGUCCACGUCGAUGAAGAACUCAGAACGAUGGCUGGAAACACUCUCCAGAAUAUGCUUGGAGAAUUUCCGGAGUGGCGUGAGCAAAUAAUAAUAGCCGAGAUAACCUUGUUGCACAGCCAAUUGACGGACUUCUAUCCUGCUGUGCUUGAUGAAGCGCUUCGCCUUUUACAUCAAAUGGUCGUUACAUGGAAGUCAGCAGCUUUGCAGGAGAAGAAGAAAGAGCAAGAAAAGGAUCCAAAUCCAAUCGAAAAUGCUCACGUGGUUCCUCCUCUGUAUUACCUCAACUAUGCGUCCGUUCUACAUGCUGUGGAAGGAAUGGCUCUAGUGAUGCUAUGUCAGAUUAGACCUCAGCCGAAAAAAAUCGCUAUCUCUUUACUGAAAGAAGUGAAACAGAUCAUAUCCAUUUUGGCCCUCGAUAACGCAGACACGCCCGUUAUAAACGUUCUUGAUGAAGCUACGCCAUACGUUGUUCGCAAAUAUAUUGAGCAUGUUCCUCUCUACGAAAGAACGAGUUGGAAUCUCGAUUUCACUUCAGUUUGUGACAAAGUUGCUGCCAUUGACUCUGACGUGUGCUUAGUGAACAGCGAUAAAGGUAAUGAAUAUCUGCAAUGGGAUCCAUGGGCUUGUGCGCUGAGCGGAUAUGCGGAGAGGAAACAUCUUAUUUCGAGGUGUCCUUCGGCCGUUGCCAAUGCUUGGCCUACACUGUUCAGUAGAUUGAUGGCCGUGAACGCGUAUGUAGAUCCAAGCAAUCCGCAAAAUGAAAAUCGAGCUUCUUUACUCCGUGGUAGCAAGAGUAAAGGAUCUUCGGUAUGUGGUGAGGCCCUCAGUCAAGAUGGAUGCCUUUCACUGUGGCAGAAGUACUUGGUGCUAUGCUGUGCCUUCGCACCAUCACCACACAAUCACAAUAGUCUGAUAUCGAGAAGCUUCAGCCCUACUUCGUCAAUGGAAGCGGAUGUGCUGAGAAGUGUGUCGACAUCAUUGCGAACGGCUUCCCGGAUUUCAUCUACUGCAACACUUCCUCAAUUGUUUACUAAAACUGCAGCGAUGCUACGAUGGGAAAAUAUGAUCGAUAUUCGUGAUAGCGUUGUUCUCGGAAUUGGGUCCCUGAAUGCUGUGGCGUUUGAAACAUUCUUAGAAGACCUCAAUCAGCGAGGCAUAUUGAGGGACGCGAUGGAGAAAAAGAUGGAGACAAAUGUGCGACGGCGUAAACGAAAGGAUCUCCUGAGACUCCAAAUUAUUCGCAUCAUUGAGAUUGCAAUAUUUCGGGGGCUUCUGGACUCCACAUUAAUUGAUCUCAACGGUAAUUUGAGCCCUUUGAUUUUGGACUUCAUAGACGCCAUGAGAGCCAAUCUUGAGAGCGACCUGGAUCGUGACAUUGCAGUGGUGACAAUGAUGCGGCUUCAUUUUUCGAAGCUGAUUGUAGUUUUGAUUGACAAUGUUUCUCCUGAGAAUAGAGGUAACCUGAUUCCGGACGACAAGAAACAGAGCCUGUUCUACCUUUUCAUCGGAUGGUGCAGCCGUACAAUCGCAGCCGACAAGAAAAAUCGUGAAAAUGAUGUUGGGUCAUAUGUGGAACAAAAAGCAGCUUUGGCGAUGACUCGUUUGCUGAGUUGUGGGCGAAUAUUCGAAACACAGAAAUCCAUUGGUGAAGAUGGUUACCUUUAUGGUUGGCUGGAAAAGCUUGUGUCGAGUGCCAACGCAACGAUGCAAGGAGAGGUUGAAGAAAUGCUAGCUUGGAUGUUGGAGUUAAAUGAAUCCAGUCAUUUGUUGGACUGGCUGAUGUCGCAGUGCUAUUCACAACCGAGUGUUGUGGCGGCAAGAUGCUUUCGAGCUCUUGUCCGUGUUUUCUCGAAGCGUGAUUUCCCGUGUGAAUUCAUUUCUCUUUUCGUCCUUUGUCAAGCAAUGCUUGGUGAUCCGGCUGUAACAGAUGCUGCUGUGCACAUGAUCGAAAUCCUCAAGAGGCAAUUCCUCGACAACAGCAUGGUGGUAUCGCCGCAAUUAGUACCGGCUUCUAAUAACGUCACACCAAACGUUCAACUAAGACCUACAGUUGUUCCCGACACUCAUACUCACUGUUUGCCGAUGGAUCAGCAAGCAGUGUGCCGGAAUCUCGCAAACUCUUAUCCACACCUUACCAUCACUAUAUUCAGCGGCCCUCGUGGAUGGGGAUCUGAGGAAGCUACCCAAUUGCUUCUGAACAAUCUCAUGUACCUGACGAUAUGUUUGGCUCCCGACCAUGAGCACGAAUUGGCUGACCUUUGGCGUGCACUUGCUCUAUCAUAUCCUGCAAAUUUGCCAGUGAUUCUCAACUAUCUCUACGUAGUGACGGUCCUGUCACAUGAGGCGCUUUUACCUUAUGUAAGCCCUCGUGGAUGGGGAUCUGAGGAAGCUACCCAAUUGCUUCUGAACAAUCUCAUGUACCUGACGAUAUGUUUGGCUCCCGACCAUGAGCACGAAUUGGCUGACCUUUGGCGUGCACUUGCUCUAUCGUAUCCUGCAAAUUUGCCAGUGAUUCUCAACUAUCUCUACGUAGUGACGGUCCUGUCACAUGAGGCGCUUUUACCUUAUGCGAAACGAGUAAGCGUCAUAUUAGCUGGUGUGGUGGGAAAUCGUAUUGCUGCUUUGUUACUGGAGCAGUUGUCCUCUUCUGUGGACAACGCUCGUCAUACUCUUGAAAGAUCUGAUAUACCUCCAUAUUACCGGUGGAAAGAUGACGCUGAAACAAAAAAGGAUUCUGUUGUGGAAGUUGUUUCGCCGAUGAGAGAUUCUCCCAUGGGUGAUCGCUUUGCUGCUGCUUCCGAAGAUGCGAGCAAAGAGGGCGUUCGUCUCCUUCCGAUGCCUGCUUACGGGGGAUAUUAUUCAAGGCUUUGCACAUAUCUUCCACCGACAACCCAGCCUGUUCAGUUUUUCACCAGGAGUCAGGUUUCAUUGCUUCUGAUUUGUGACAUAAUACGAGCAUCAUCUGAUGUGGACUGGACCGAAGCCACUCCACGAUUGCUCCAUGCGGCCGUGCUCUCCCUUGAUUCACUUCGUCCAGCCCUCUGUCGACAUGCUAGACAGACUAUCAUCAAUAUCUCUCUUCUGCAUGCAGACCAGACUACCUUAGCGCAUGUUUCGGGGAUGUUAUUGAAGCACCAAAUGGGUCGCUCAACUACUGAUGACUAUGGUGUCAAAACGUCUGCAGUGUCAUUUCUGCGACUGUAG